UUUGUGUUUUUAUUUUGUUUUAAUAUUCUCGUUUGCAAUGAAAAUCUGUAAUUUAUUUUUGUUUCUCUUCUCAAUCUUUACUAUCAGAAUGGCUGUCUUGGCGGAAUAUCUUGAGCCAACAUUGUCCACAAUUGAAAAAUGCCACAAUGAAGUGAAGCAAAAAGAAAAAUGUAGCUGCCAUAAGAAGGACAUGUUUUGUAAUAGAUCAUUUGCAGUGAACCAUUGGAACAGUAUUUUCCGUUGCCUCUCGACAGCUCAAAAAUCAGCCAAAGGUGAUGCAAAAAUGAUAAAAUGAACGUUUUGUGUGCUUCAUCAUGUCCACUUCAUCGAACUUCUUCCUCGAUUCGUGCCCCACUCUGACAAUGUUUUGUUUUAUUUUAGCGAUGUCUGCAACUUUGUCCAUUGAUAAGAAAAAGUGGCACGACUUUCGUCUCGUAUCACUUUUUUCUCAUUGAUGGCAUGUUCGGAUACAUUUAACUCGUCGUGUAAUAUUAGAACUCGUUUGUGGAUUAUAAAUAAUUUUUAAACUCAUGAA